UUUUUUUUUAAUUGUCUUAUACACAGGAAGCACUGCACACGAUGUUCAAAUCAGCUGCCGCCCAGUCUGCACCGGCGUUGGCCCGUGGAUAUGCGACCAAUGUGACACGUACAUUGUUCCCUCGACACUACCGCCUUCGACACAAAAUCCAGAACGAGUCCGACGCGACCCCUCUCAAGGAUGGCUCGGUGUUCGUUCGUCGCCCCACCGCCGGCCCAACGACUUCCAUCCUCUCCUCCGCAAACCCUUCCCCCGCCUCAGUUUCUUCAAGGGUACCGGGAUCCGCCACGACCACCCCUGUCUCACAUCCUGAUCUCCCUCCAGCAUUGAACGCCCACAAGGCACCUCGUCCAGAAUUCGCAAAUCUGACCCCAGAACAGAUUGCAGAGAUGCGUGCGCUUCGACUCGAGAACCCCACCAAAUACACACGCUCGUAUUUGGCCAAGAAAUACAACGUCAGCGAUAUGUUUGUCAAGUGUUACAUCCCAGCAUCAAAAGAGGUCCAGGUUUCGAGGAUCAAGGCUCAGCAACGUUCGUUCGAAAGCAAGGGAUGGAAAGCACAGGAGAUUGUCGUCCAGAGACAGAAGCGUCGUGAAUUGUGGUAGAAAAUAAAUAAAAAGAAGCAAGGAAAAUGAGGGCACAGGAAUAAAAACGAUGCC